CCUGUCGUUCUUCUUCCCAUUCCUCCGCUUCGCGUUCGCUGUUGCUCUUGUCCGGUGCCGUUUUGAUGUCCAUCGUGACAUCGUCCCUCACCGCAUCGCUCUGCAAAACCUAAGAACUCCUCCUCUCAGAUCUCAAUUUGUACGAAUAGACAAUUCAUUAACGAAAUGUUGGGGGUAAAUCUCCUUAUUGUUCUCACCCUGGCAUUUAUGUGUUGCUUCGGUCAUGCGAUGAGAUUUGAGCUCCGUUCGGGUCAUACCAAAUGCAUUGCGGAAGACAUCAAGAACAAUGCAAUGACCGUUGGCAAGUACUUUGUCGUUAACCCAAGCGAGGGGUCUCUUCUUCCUGAUUCCCACAAGAUCACUGUCAGGGUGAAUUCACCUCACGGGAACAGUUACCACUAUGGGAAUCAAGUGGAUUCAGGUAAUUUUGCAUUUACUGCUGCUGAGUCUGGUGACUACACUGCUUGCUUCUGGGCACCUGAUCACAAGCCCCCAGUAACUGUGACCAUUGAACUUGAUUGGAGAACUGGCGUUGCUGCCAAGGACUGGACAAAGGUUGCUAAAAAAGGACAAAUUGAAGCAAUGGAAUUUGAGUUAAGGAAGUUGUAUGAAACAGUUACGUCCAUCCACGAUGAGAUGUUUUAUCUUCGUGAAAGGGAGGAAGAGAUGCAAGACCUCAACAAAGCAACUAACGCCAAGAUGUUUACCUUCAGUUUCCUUUCGAUUCUGGUUUGCUUGUCUGUGGCUGGCAUGCAAUUAUGGCAUUUGAAGUCGUUCUUUGAGAGGAAGAAGCUCCUAUGAGUUCCUCCGCACGGUUUUUGUUCUCGAAGUUUCAUCGGUUUUGAUUCUCAGUUAAGUGGUUGUCCAGAUGUAUGUAUCCACCGGAUGUAUGAUAUAGUUUCAUAAUCAUAUGAUUUUGUGAUCUGAUCAUUAGAAUUCUAUGCCUGUUAUUUUAAUUACAGUAGUGUCAUACAAAACUAAAACUGUAGAUGUAAUAACUUUUCCCAGUCUCGUUAUUUGAUACGAAUUUCGAUUCGGUCUGUGUACCGGUUUCAUGAUU